AUGUUCAGAAACAAUUACGACGGUGAUACGGUUACAUUUUCUCCUACUGGUAGGUUAUUCCAGGUCGAAUAUGCGCUGGAGGCCAUCAAGCAAGGUAGUGUUACUGUUGGUCUGCGUUCCAAGGAUUAUGCGGUGCUGGUUGCGUUGAAACGUAAUGCAGACGAGUUGUCGUCUUACCAGAAGAAGAUUAUCAAGUGUGAUGAGCACAUGGGUCUGUCGUUAGCUGGGCUGGCUCCAGACGCUAGAGUGCUGAGUAACUAUUUGAGACAGCAAUGUAAUUAUUCACAACUGGUGUACAAUCGUAAGCUGAGUGUCGAGAAAGCCGGUCACAUGCUUUGUGAUAAAGCCCAAAAGAAUACACAAUCCUAUGGUGGUAGACCAUACGGUGUUGGUCUGUUGAUCAUAGGGUAUGACAAUAGUGGUCCACACCUGCUAGAAUUCCAACCUUCUGGGAACACAUUAGAAGUAUACGGCUCUGCAAUUGGUGCACGUUCUCAAGGUGCAAAGACAUAUUUGGAAAGAGUUCUUGAUGAUUACUUGGCGAUUACAGAUGCAACUGAGCUUAUAAAAUCUGGUGUUGAGGCCCUAAGACAAUCGCUGAAGGAUGAAACGCUGAACACAGACAACCUAUCAAUUGCUGUGGUGGGUAAAGACAUUCCUUUCACAAUCUACGAUGGUGAAUCUGUCUCUCAAUACCUAUGA